AUGCAUGUUGCUGUUUGUGUUGAACGUACAGAGGAUAUAUUCUACGAGUACUACACCGAUUAUCAAACCCUUUUUCGCUUGUAUAUUUGCUUCAGCUACGACACAAUGGCUUCUACUUCGAAAUUCUUUGGCCGCCAGAGCGACAGCGACAGCGACUAUUCAGAAGAUGAGAUUGUGCUCACAGAUGAGGACCCGGAUACCAUCGAGAAAGUCAAGAAUAAAUACGUGAUUGAAAGUGACGAUGAUGAUAACUCUGAUUGCGAAAAGCGUGUGGUAAAGCCGGGGAAAGCUAAGCGAUUCGAGGAGAUGUGUGCUACCCUUGACAAGAUAAACAAGGCAAAGAACAUAAAUGAUUGGGUGAGCAUGCAGGAUUCUUUUGACAAGAUGAAUAAGCAGCUUGAGAAGGUGAUGCGCGUCAACCGAACUGGAAAGGUACCAACUCUGUACAUCAGAGCGCUUUUUUUGUUGGAGGAGAAUGUGGGGGAGGCUCUAGCGAAUAAGGAUGCUAAGAAGAAGAUGAGUAGCACCAAUGCCAAGGCCUUGAACUCGAUGAAACAAAAACUGAAGAAGAAUAAUAAGGAGUAUGAAGAUUUGAUUCAGAAGUACAAGGAAAAUCCUGUAGAAGAAGAGUUUUUGGAAGAGGAAGAAGUUGAAACAAACUGUGAAGCUGAAGUUCCUAAACAUGAGGAAAACCAAGAUAAGAGGGAAAAGGAGGAUGGUUGGGAGAGAAAAUCUGGUAAGAAGAGUAAGCUUGUCUUGGAUAAGCAGCAGUUCAUGAGUGACCCUUGUCAGGUUACAUGGGAAACUGUGAACAAGAAAUACAAAGAGGUUGUGGCUGUUAGGGGAAGGAAGGGAACGAGAUGGUUUGAGCUAGUUGAGCAGCUUAUUUUCUUGGCUAAGUUCGCUAAGACUCCUGCACAGAAGCUUGAGAUUCUUCUCAUUAUUGUUUCUGCUCAAUUUGAUGCUGGUCUCCAUGGUCACAUGCCUGCGCAUGUGUGGAAAAAAAGUGUGCAUAAUAUGCUUGUUAUUCUCGAUAUUCUAGUGCAAUAUCCCAGCAUUCGUGUUGAUGACAAAGUGGAGAUUGAUGAUAAUGAAUCUCAGAAAGGAGCUGAUUAUAAGGGGACAAUCUGGGUCAAUGGAAACUUGGCGGGUUUCGUGGAAAGGCUAGAUAAUGAGUUCUUCAAGAGCUUGCAGAGUCUUGACCCUCACACCACCGAGUACAUUGACAGACUUAGAGAUGAGCCUAUGCUUUUCCUUCUUGCUCAGAAUUUUCAAGAAUAUUUGGAGCAAGUUGGAGAUUACAAAGCAGCUGCAAAGUUAGCCCUAAGGCAGGUUGAACUCCUUCACUACAAGCCUCAAGAUGUCUAUGAUGCCAUGAGAAAACUAGCUGAGCAGAGGGAAAGUGCUGAUAAUGGUGAAGCCCAAGCUGCUACAUCUGUAUUUCUUGAAACUCCUGAGCUCGUACGUCGGAGACCUGCUUUUGUGGAGAGUAAUAGGGCCAUGAUGGAUAUUCUUGUCUCCCUCAUAUACAAAUAUGGAGAUGAUCGGACUAAAGCUCGUGCAAUGCUUUGUGAUAUUUUUUAUCAUGCUCUCAAUAACGAUUUCUAUACUUCCCGUGACUUGCUGCUAAAGAGUCACCUGCAAGACAAUAUUCAUCAGAUGGACAAUUCAUCCAAAAUCCUUUUCAAUAGGGCUAUGGCACAGCUUGGUCUGUGUGCAUUUCGAAGUGGACUAAUUACUGAAGGACAUAGCUGCCUUUCUGACCUUUAUUUAGGUGGAAAAGUGAAGGAGUUGCUCGGACAAGGCGUCUCCCGAAGUAGAUAUCAGGAGAUGACUCCUGAACAGGAAAGUCUCCAGAGGCCCUACCAUAUGCACAUCAACCUUGAGCUCCUAGAGGCAGUACAUCUGAUAUGUGCCAUGCUGCAGGAAGUGCCUAACAUGGCAGCUGUCAACACCAAUAAAAAGCGUAGGGUGAUUAGUAGGGCAUUCCGGUGGUUGCUUGAGAAUCAAACAUUUAUAGGACCUCCUGAAACUGUUAGAGACCAUGUAAUUGCAGCUACAAUGGCCCUCCUUAAAGGUGACUCUCAAAAGGCUUUCGAUGUGAUCAAUUCUCUUCAUGUCUGGAAGCUCCUCAGGAAUCGUGAGAAUGUUCUGGAGAUGCUCAAUGUUAAUAUCAAGGAGGCGGCUCUGAGGACCUACCUUUUCGCCUACUCUCCAUCCUAUAAAUCUGUAAGCAUUGAGCAAGUGACCAACAUGUUUGAACUCUCAGAGGCCAAGGCUCGUAGCAUUGUUAGCCAGAUGAUCAUGAACGAAGAGCUCCAUGCCCGUUUGGACCAGCCAACAGGUUGCAUUGUCUUUCAUGACAUUGAGCACACUAGGUUGCAGGCUCUAGCUUUCCAGUUCAGUGAGAAGCUGUCAUUCCUUGCAGAAAGCAAUGAAAGGGCAACAGAGUUGAGGAUAGGUGGUGGUGGGUUAGAAUUGUCUACAAGGCAUAGAGACAGCCAAGACUAUGGUGCUGGAAGUACUUCAAUGAGUGGCAGGUGGCAAGAAAACUUGUCUUUCACCCAAGGAAGACAAGGUGGUACCACUAGGCGUACAGGUUAUAGAUCACUGACAUAUGGUCAUACAGGGUAUCAAGAUGCUGCGCAUGGAGGCUCACGGAGGAUUGGCUAUCAGUCUGCUUCAUCUGGAAGGGGAUCUCAAAUGGAUACAUCAACUCGUUUGGUCAGUCUUAACAGAGGUGUUCGUGCUUAA